CGGAGCGGGGCGGCCAUGGCGGCACUGCCGGUGCCGGUGCCGGUGCUCGCUAUGGCGGCGCUGCUGCUCUUGGGCUGCCGCGGGCCCGGGGCUGCGGGCCAGAGGCGGAAGGAGAUGGUGUUAUCGGAAAAAGUGAACCAGCUGAUGGAGUGGGCCAGUAAAAGAUCUGUUAUCCGAAUGAAUGGAGACAAAUUUCGACGCCUUGUGAAGGCACCACCCAGAAAUUACUCGGUGAUUGUGAUGUUCACUGCUCUUCAGCCUCACAGACAGUGUGUUGUGUGCAAGCAAGCUGAUGAGGAAUACCAGAUUCUGGCAAACUCCUGGAGAUAUUCCAGUGCAUUUACCAACAAGAUUUUUUUUGCUAUGGUAGAUUUUGAUGAAGGCUCAGAUGUGUUUCAGAUGUUACAGAAUUAUAUCCAUGGAAGCAGCCAAGCCCAGUUUGUGGCAGAAACCCACAUUGUCCUGCUGUUCAAUGGUGGUGUUACUUUAGGAAUGGUCCUUCUCCAUGAAGCUGCUACUUCUGACAUGGAUGUGGGGAAAAGAAAGAUCAUGUGCAUUGCUGGGAUUGGCUUGGUGGUGUUGUUCUUCAGCUGGUUGCUGUCUGUCUUCAGAUCCAAGUACCACGGCUACCCCUACAGUUUCCUAAUGAGUUAAAGGAUUGUGGAGUCUGUAACAUCAGGAAGGUGGUGGCUCUGCAGUUGGGUGUAAUGGAAGGAAGAGCUCAAUGUGUGGUUCGUGCUACCUCUGCUUACACUGAACGAGAUAGUGAAACACUGAACCAAAGACCACGUGUAGUGCCUUAAAUAAAACAAGCAAUUUGCUCUGAAGGACACAGAGUAUUAAGAUGCAAUCUCUCUUUCAUAAGCUUUACAUCUUCUUAAGCAACUUUACUUCUAGUGAAAUUCAAAAUUUAAUGCUUAAAACUGCAUUUCCAUAGACUAACUAGAAACAGGGCUUUAAAUUCACUGGGAUAAUCUGUUGCUUUCCCCCUCAAGUAUUUAUCACUUUAUUUCCUGUUUGUACAUAGCAGGUGACAGCAGCAUCUCUUGUCAUGCCUUUUCAUGGUUGAGGAAACACCAUCAUGUACUUGGAAAUCUUUUCCUUCAGUCCGUGUGCAACCCUUGGAGCAUAGUACAGAUUCCAGUGUGGAAUGUGCGUAUCCUAGAGCUGUGUCUCAUUUCUGAGAAGAGUUCUUAACUGCUGUAUGAUGCAAGAGGUUGUUUCACAGGUGAAGGGAGAAUUUUCAGUAGGUAGAACUGAGUUAAUAAUUCAGUUAUUCAUUAAAAACUUUUUUUGCCAAAUGCUGAAACUGCAAUGUUUAAGUUGUAAACUGAGUCUCAGCUGAAAAAAGUGUUCUUAUGCUGACCAACACUCAAAAAUACAAACCAAAACUACAAAGUUAACUGGCUAUGUGUGGCAUGAAUUAGAAGUUGCUAACUGGCUUUCAAGUUACUGCUCAGAGCUCUGGCAAAUCAACAGAUACCAGAUUUCUGGUCUGUUAUGUCAGUUCUUACAUUUUCCACUCAUUUUCUCCCAAGUUUUUACCCUUGGGGAGCACAUGGGAGAGAGCAAUCUGUGUCCCAGGAUAAAUGUUGCUCCCCCAGGACAGAUUUGUUAGCCUUACAAUUGAAUGCAUGUGCUUUUUGCUCUCUCCUUUUGUUCUCUCACCUUACAAAGAUAUUUUGCCUUAAGAAUUCCUGAAUUAAGAAUACCUUGUGCCUCAGCCCAAACUGCACGUGUGCUACGGGAAAUCUUUGCAGCCUGAUUCAGUAACACUUCCUUCUGUAGGCUGUGGUGGCCUUGGAGGUUACUAGAAAAUAUGAGACUUUUGUCUCCUGCUUCUCCCUCUCCCCUGUCUUAAGGGGUUACAGAAUUUGGAUGCUUUAGAUUGACUCUCGGAAAGGACAAUGUCAUUGCAAGUAGAAUGUUAUUCUUACGCAGUUGUACUAAAUUAACACACAUCUCAAGUGCCUUAACUUCACUAAUUUAGUUGUUUGAUGUUUCAACUUGUUGAGAUGCAUUUUUCUAUGCCAUACAGAAUGAUAAGCCUUAGUGGAAUGGACAAAUUGUGUGCCUGGCUGGAUUUUGGACAAGUCUCAAUAAAAUUUUUUAGUCUAA